CCACCCACGUCCACGUCGCCCACCAGCCCCGGCUCGGUCAGCAGGAGCUAUAUCAUCUACACUUCCCCCAUUUUCGACAGGAGAUCUUCUUCUCCUACCCACCGACAUCCUGGAUCCCACUACCACCACCACCGCCUACGCUUCCCCCACCACAUUCAACUCCACCCACUCCGAACAACACACAUUUCCUCCUGUCUGUUGCACAAUGGAAGGUCUCUGCCGCUCUUACAGUUCCCCGGCCGCAUCUAUCCGACGGACACUACGACGGGAAACAAGAAGUAUAUCCGAAUGGCGCGAGAAGGGCAAAUACCAGCCGUUCGACCUCUCCAAGGCGGCCGAAUACCAGGCGCAGAAUUUCCCCGACCGGGCUGCGACAUGGGACGGCACAUCGAGAAAGCAGGUAUGGUCGUCGCCUACCGUUUCGAUUGAGAUCGAGUUCAACCACUACGAAGACGACGACGACGAUGAGUCGCUAAGCGACGAGGACGAGUACUACGAUGCCUACACACAUGAUAGCUACAGCUACAGCACCCCACAGCCUGUCCAGGAGACGGUUGCGAGGGAUUACUUUUCGGCGCUGCCGAGGACGGCAAUCGUUGAGGAGGAUGAGGAGGAGGAGGAAACGAUCAACCGAGCCGAAGAUCUCUUUGCCGAAGAGCCCCUAGCCGCCGACGUCUCGGAAGCCGAGCUGGAGUCGUCGCGACGACGGUCAAUCGAGAUUGAGCGACAGCCGUUGUUCCUGGAGACGAAAGAGGACGAGGUGGCCGUGGAGGACAUCAUCCAGCACCUUGGCGACCCAUCGCUGGAUCCUCAAUCGCCCGCCCCGCUUCAGGAGAAGCCGACGAUCACCAUCGUCGAGCUGGAGGAGGAACUCGACACGGCUGAGCCACCGUCGCCCGAAGAGAUCAUCGAGCACUCGCCGCCGCCGUCGCGAGGAUCCAACGAUGCGCCCAAGCCGGACUUCCCGACAAUGAACGCCCGCGAUCGGUUCCUCAAGGCGAAGAAGGUGUUGUUCACCGUCGAUGUCCUGAAGAAGUGCAUUCCUCCGGCGCCGCCCCCAGAUGAGUUGAUCGAGGAGCCAAGGUCAAGGAAGGCCAAGGCCAUCGCAGCUCCCAAGGCCGUCGCAGCUCCCAAGGCCGUCACUCCCCCGCCGAAAGCCAUCACUCCUCCUCCCAAGGAGAUUGCCAAGAAAGUUACGCCCACCGCCAAGAUCGCCCUGGAGGCGUUCAAGCCGGCUAAGCCGUCGUUCGCGAAGUUGAUCGUUGCGGCGGCUGCAAAGCAAGCUGCUGAGGCUCCCGUUGUCGAGAAGGAGCCAGUGCCCGUGGUGGAAGUGGCUCCAGCCGCCCCCAUCAUCAAGGUGACACCGGUCGAGGAAACCGUUCAGAUCGAGCUUACCGCCCCCACCGAGGGCGGAGUUUCCCUGACUCCCACACCUCCACCAACGACAGUAUCCCAGCACCUGUACCCUCCCCGCUCCGACGAAGGUUACCUUUCCGGUGAGAGCGACAGCGAAAGCGAUGAUGGCAAUGGCGGCUUUGGAGUCUCCCUCGACGAGCAGAUUGCCAUGCACGACACUUCUAGCGACGAGGACGAGGCGCCUCUCCCAGAAGACCUCAUGACCAGCACCACCUCUGCCCGGUCCAACGAACGCUACCAACACCACUGCCUGGUUCACGGCCACUUCUUCCCCAAGGCUGGUCCUCUCCGCUCACCAGGCUUCCCCUACGAGCCUUUCUUCCCUCUCAUCGAGUGUGAUCGCUGCCAGCGCCAGAGCCUUACCGAGGCGUGGCAGUGCUCGCUUCUCAACCAGUGCGGCAUCAUCGUGUGCACACCCUGCCACGAUGAGCUCGUCCACGGCAUUGUCCCGAAGAAGGAAGAGAAGAAGGAGAAGAUCCAAGUGGUGAUGGCCGACGCCCUGGAUGCGCGCAUCAGCGAUGUCAAGCAGGGAAUGGAACUGGGCAUGCAGCGCGGCAUGAAGAUCGGUUUCGAAGUGGGACUUGCCGGCAAGGCCAAGGAAAUCAUCGAGCGCCAGGCUCGUCGCGGGUCCGAGACCCCUGACAGCAACUCCGUCGGCUUCAAGUCCUCGCGCUCAUGGGAGACCGCUCCCAAGGGUGCCAGGCGGAAGAUGAGCAUGGAGUUUUAAUGACUUUACUACAAAUUUUUCUCUUAUGUUGACGACUUUUAACGAUUACGAUUAUUUUACGACCCACUUUAACGACACGAACAUUUCUUUUCCUUUUUCACGAUAAC